AUGGCGGAAAAAAAUUGCACAGGAAAACGUGUUUUGAUCUUGGGUGCUUCAGGUGGAGUUGGUACUUUUGCUAUACAGGUAAUGAAAGCAUGGAAUGCUCGUGUGACAGCAGUUUGCUCUCAGGAUGCCAGUGAACUUGUAAAGAAGCUUGGGGCAGAUGACGUAAUUGAUUACAAAUCUGGAAAUGUGGAAGAACAGUUGAAAUCUUUAGAACCGUUUGAUUUUAUCCUUGAUAAUGUUGGUGGAUCCACUGAAACAUGGGCUCUAAAUUUACUCAAGAAAUGGUCAGGAGCCACAUAUGUGACUUUGGUGACUCCUUUUCUCCUGAACAUGGACCGACUGGGCAUAGCAGACGGCAUGCUGCAGACGGGCGUCACCGUGGGUUCUAAGACAUUAAAGCAUUUCUGGCAAGGAGUCCAUUAUCGCUGGGCCUUUUUCAUGGCCAGUGGUCCCUAUCUAGAUGACAUUGCAAAACUGGUGGAUGAGGGAAAGAUUCAGCCAGUUAUUGAAAAAACCUUUCCUUUUUCUGAAGUUCCAGAAGCCUUUCUGAAGGUGGAAGGAGGACACGCACGAGGAAAGACUGUAAUUAAUGUCAUUUAAAUAAAUACUGUUUGGUGAUUUAAAAAAAA